AGGCUUUGAGUUUGCCACAGCUGUUGCACGAGCGACGCAAACAGCAACUGCAGCAGAUGGAACAACGUUUGCAGUGCCGGAGACACGAGCCUUCUAAACCUGACAUUCCGGCCUCUGGUCUGGUGGUGAAGAUGGUUGAUCAUGCUUCGAGUUGGUGGGGAAACCUGGCUCACUCCUUGCAGAAGUCGCAUCAGGGCAAGUCCUGGUUGCUGCUGUCGCAGGAGGUGAAGAAACUCUCCCAGCUAAGUCAUAUCAACCUGAUCAAGACUCACACGGUUUUUGUGGAUGACUACUUCGUGUACUUCGUCAUCUCCAGGUUCCCCUGCAGUCUGCGGGAUGCAGUUCUGACCACUGGCAAGUUCUCGCGAAGGGGACUGCCAGUGUCCAUCGCUGCAUACACUGCAGACCAACUGCUGUCUGCCUUGGCAUACCUUCACGCCCACAACGUGGCCCAUCGCGGUAUCACCCCGGACAACUUGGUGGUCACCACCUCAAACAUCCUCAAUGAACGAUUCACGCUUGUGAUCGCGGAUCUCUACUCCACAGCAAGGAGUGUUGAGGCAGGUGCCUUCCUGACGGAGGUCUUUGGCUCCCCUGAGUAUUGGGCGCCUGAAGUGGCCGAAUGUGAGUACAGCUUUGCUGCAGAUGUGUGGGCUGCUGGAGUUGUCUUGUGGUUUGCUCAGACAAAGAAGUUGCCCUUCACCAGUCUUCAGAAUGUCCUAACCCGGGACGUUGAGCCUAACGUGCGGAUCACUCGGGACGUCUUCGAGUCUCUCGCAUCCAUGCUCUGUCGCGAAGUUGAGAAUCGCAUCACGGCUGAGGAGGCCUUGAAGCACGACUGGUUGCGGGAAAGUGAAUUUGGGCCUUCGCAGAUUCAAACCCGCCGUGGCGCAGCUGUGAAUCGUCACGGCCUCGCUGCGAAAGCCAUGGACGAUGCGGAGCGCGGCUCCGCUUCGAGCGGCUCGGAGGACUCCGAGUCCAGCGCCUCGAGCACGAUCUUCCCGAUGCGUGACGUGAGCCCAAUCCAGGCGCGAAAUGCCUCCAAAAAGAAAUUGCUCAGACGUCAAAGCGCCACAGAUUUGCGGCAGGUGUCCACGAAGCAGCGCGCUCAAGAGGAGCCUUCCAAUUGGGGCCGCCCGAAGCAAGCUGCCCGGCUUCUGCCGCAAAAGAAGCAACGAGCGGAUGAGCGCUUUGCCAUGGGCGAGAAGGUCACAGUGAGUUUUGACAUUGCGAUUCAAAGGUGUCGCGAAUCUAUGGGUGGUUCUCUGGAGCCGUUCGUG